CUUACCACUGUCAAGACGGCUUCCCGGCUAACGACUCUCUUGUCCUCGUUAUGACCUCUCGUGAUCCCUGCCUCCCUUGUGCUCUUCUCGGUCACGCACCUGAUACCACCGGCAUUCAACAUGAUGUCGCCAGGCUUCGGCAUGGCUUUCACGGUCAGCUGAGCGCACCCAGGCGUACAGAGACCGAAGAUCGACGACCGAGGACGGUCCGCACCUGGUCCGUGGAGGGGAGCGCAGGCUCAACGCGCCAUGCUCGAGCCGGACCGCGCGACGACUUCCCCGCAUCGGCGUACCUGGCCUGAGAAGCAGUGGUGGUGGUAUAAGUACGUCCGUGGUGGUUCGAGGAAGGUUUCCCUAAGGUACUCGUUACCCCGUCUGCGCAGACUCGGACAUCGACAUGAUGCUGCGCGCGCUCUGGCUUGUAGCCUUCGCGCUGCCCUUUUGCAGGGCCCUGUACGCGGCUCACGCUUCUGCCAAGUAUGAGCCUGCUUCACAUCACCUCUAUGCGCGCAACUCCACUGGGCUCACCGACGCGGUUACCUGGGACCCGCAUUCCCUCUCCAUCUUUGGGCAGCGCGUGUUCAUUCUAUCCGCGGAGAUGCAUCCGUGGCGGCUGCCGGGGGACCCUGCCCUUUGGGCAGAUGUGCUACAGAAGAUCAGGGCGAAUGGGUUCAACACCGUGUCCUUUUACACCCACUGGGCGACCCAUUACCCAACUCCGGAUACAAACGGGGGAGACGGAGACUUCACGGAGGGCACGUAUAGGGAUGUACAAUUGUUCAUUGACCAGGUCAAAGAGGCCGGGCUGUGGCUGAUCGCACGCCCUGGACCGUAUAUCAAUGCUGAAACGACCGGUGGUGGCUAUCCCGGAUGGGUGGGCAAUAUCGAGGGUGACCUGCGUACAAACAACCCAGCCUAUACCGAGGCUUGGACUCCUUACAUGACUGCCAUAUCCAAGAUCAUCGCUCGUAACCAGAUUACUGAGGGUGGCCCCAUCAUCCUCGUCCAGGCAGAGAACGAGUUUGACGAAGGACCGACGCGCAGCCCCUACAUGCAAGCCGUCAUCGACACGUAUAGGGACAAUGGCAUUGUCGUUCCCAUCACCCAUAACGAUAAGCACUCUGGGCAGACGGGCAACUACAGUCCGGACCGCCCGGGAGAGGGUCGCGUCAACAUAUACUGCGGUGACUCCUACCCACAAGGAAAGAACAGUUGGGCGAACCCUCAGUCUAUCUAUCGCUCGGCGCAUGAGGCGGUAGCGCCGAGCAAUCCGCUAUGUUUGGCCGAGUUCGCAGGCGCAUUCCUCAUUCAGUGGGGUGAAGUCGCGACGCGGUACGGUACGGGAUAUGAGAAGUACUCGGAGGACCUUACGAAUGCCGACUUCGAAAAUAUCUUCUACAAGGAGAACUAUGCGCAAACGGCCACGAUCCUCAGUAUAUACAUGCUCUUCGGCGGUACCAAUUGGGGAUCGCUUGCAGCACCAGUCACAUACAGCAGCUAUGAUUACGGAGGAGGCAUCAACGAGAAUCGCGUGGCAAACGCGAAGAUGAACGAGAUGCGCCUGCAAGGCCUCUUCCUCCGCGUUUCCCGUGACCUUCUGGCCGCAUUUUACGUCGCUAACGGCACCAGCUACACCACGAACAGUGCUGUAUAUACCACCGAGCUUCGCAACGACGACACGAACGCAGCUUUCUACUUCCUCCGCCAGAGCGACAGCACGUCUCAGGGUACAGAGACAACUCAACUGAAUGUCAAGACUUCGAAAGGCGCCGUCACUAUUCCGACUGAGGGCGAUAUCACCCUCGCAGGACGCGACAGCAAGAUAAUCGUUGUGGAUUAUGUAUUCGGGCAGUCUGAGACCACGGUGUUGUACUCGACAGCUGAAGUCUUGACAUGGACAACCAUUGACUCUACGGACUACAUCGUCCUCUACGCGGGCAAGGGUCAGACAGGGCAGACGGCCCUCCUAUUCAAUGAAGAGCCCGACGUAUCCACGGAAGACGGUUCAUCUGUCGAAUCCUCUUUCUCCGACGGUGUCCUUACCAUCGACUACACACUCGACGGCUUCGAGGCGGUCAGCAUCAAUAACGGCAGCCUCGUCCUGUUACUCGCGGACAAGGGCAUCGCGAACACAUGGAGUGCACCGGACAUUCAAGGCGAAGGAGAUUGGGGGAAGUUCUUCUCGGUCGGCACGAACUCGAGCGUGCUUGUUGGUGGGCCGUAUCUAGUGCGUUCGGCGAGCAUCGACGGGGACACCCUGGCUUUGGUCGGCGAUCUGAACGGAACGACGCCCAUUGAGGUCUUCGCGCCUGCAGCUGUAUCGCAGGUGACCUGGAAUGGUGCACCGUUGGAUCUGGAGAGUAGCUCGCGCGGAUCUCUUGCCGGCACUGCAACCGCGGAAGACCAGCCCAUCGAGCUCCCAACCUUCGGCACGUGGAAGGUAUCUGGAAGCUUGCCCGAGAUUGACCCCGACUUCGACGACUCGAACUGGGUCACUGCGGACCUGACGGCCACCAACUAUACCAACCUGCCACCUGUUUCGGGCGACAAGAUCCUCUACUCGCAGCAAUACGGGUUCUACGGAGGCAACCUGCUCUUCCGCGGUCACUUCAACGCUUCAGGAGACGAGACUGAUGUGACGCUCAGCGUCAUGGGUGGCUUUGCCUUUGGGUAUACCGCCUGGCUCAACGGGGUAUACCUCGGGAGUGGGCAAGGAAACAGCACCGUCGCCGAGUCGAACAGCACCUGGUCUAUCCCCGACAAUACGUUGAAGGCUGGAGAGGACAACGUGCUGGUGGUACUGCAAGACCAUAUGGGCAUCUCCGAGACGUCUUCCAACGGCGGCAAGGAACCUCGCGGCAUCCGCGGCUACGGCUUCAGAGGCGCAAACACUACCUUCACCCGAUGGGCCCUUCAGGGAAAUCUCGGUGGCGCGGCCGACGCACUAGACACUUUCCGAGGCUACCUCAACGAGGGUGGCCUCUACGCCGAACGCAUCGGCGCGCACCUCCCCGGCUUCCCCGACGAUGACUGGGCGAAGGGAGACCCGGUGGACGGUGUCUCGAAGGCGGGCGUGAACUUCUAUCGCACACAGUUCGACUGGGACUUGCCCGACGGCUUCGAUGUGCCCAUCCGACUUGUGUUCGAGCCAACAGAUGUAACGUCCAAAUAUCGCGCCCAGGUCUACCUGAACGGGUGGCAAGUUGGAAAGUAUGUGAACAACAUCGGACCACAGACAUGGUUCGUGCUUCCAGCAGGACUUCUGCGUCGCGAAAGCCCCAACACGCUCGCCAUCUCCGUCUGGUCGCUCGACGAGGGCGGCGCCAAGCUCGGCGGCCUGUCCUUGCGAGCCGAUGGAUACUUCGCGUCCUCCUUGACUUUCCAGGACUACGCUGCUCCGGAUUAUGGUGAACAAGCAGAUGCGAGGGAGAAGGCAAAUUAUGUAGAAGCAAUGUAACUGUCAGAGGGGGCUGCCCACAAAUGCAAUUCGCUUGAAGAUGGUUCUUGAACCGUAUCUCUUAAUCA